CGCCCACCGCCGGCCGGCCGCGCCCGCACGCCCGGGGCCUUCCGGCUGGCGUGAGAAGGGGAAGGACGCAAGGCCACGCCUCGGGCCUGCGAGCCCCGUGCGAGAGGGAAGCCGGGCCGGAGGGGCGGGCGCCCACCCGCCCGGGCGGUGUUCCAGGCCCCGGGCUGCGGCUCGCGCCCAGACCUCACUGACUCGCAGGGCGAGGCCGCUUCGUCCGUGAUGUCAUAGGCCCUUAGUCUGGUCCCUGUCCGAGGAGCCCGGGCCCCCGCGCCCGCGAAGUGCGCCCUCGGCCGUGCUCUUCCAGGGAACUGACCGGACGGGCCUCGGAACCGCAUACUUUUCCUUUAGAGAAGCCGCCAGCCCACAUCCCAAAGUUAGGACGGGAAAACGAAGUCGGUGUUCACUCGGAUAAUUACGGGAAAGCCCGGUUUUAAGAAACGAGUGACAAAAGGGUGGGGUGAAGAGAGGAGGGACUCGUACUCAAGAUGUGGGGCGUUAUUUUCAGGCUCUUCCCUUUGAGCCCAUGGUACUGUAUGGACAAGGGUAGAAAACCGGUCGGCAAGGAGUUCGGUUCAGCUCCGAAACCGAGCAGGCGCAGGCCCUCGUAAAGGCCGCACAAAGUGGAGACGCACUAAGUGGUGCCGGGAGGCGUCCGAGUGAAAGCUCCCGGCGGAGCGCGACGCUUAAAGCCUCGAGCCGUUGGCGCGGCCGGCAGGACCGAGUUACACUCGGAACGUAGUUUCCGCGAGCGCAGUUUUCCCGCCGGAGUCGGACCGGGAGGCAGCCUCCCCUCCUGCGCAGGCGCAGAGCCUCAUCAGGGCAUGGAAGUGGUGGGGCUGUUGUGCUUGGCGGCGGCAGUCCUGGCAUGGGGAUUCGUCCGGGUCUGGGACGUCUGGGACCUCUGGGAGCGAAGGAAGAGCCAGGAGCAGGCUGGCCUGCUGGGAGGCGGAACCCGGAGCCUCUUGGUGAUCGCGCACCCCGACGAUGAGGCCAUGUUCUUUGCUCCCACUAUCCUAGGCUUGGCCCGCCUGAGGCACCGGGUGUCCCUGCUCUGCUUCUCUGCAGGAAAUUACUACAAUCAAGGGGAGAUUCGUAAGAAAGAACUUCUGCAGAGCUGUGAAGUCUUGGGGAUUCCACCCUCCAGUGUAAUGAUUAUUGACCACAGGGACUUCCCCGAUGACCCGGGCGUGCAGUGGGACACACAGCGGGUGGCCGACAUCAUCCUCCGGCACAUAGAGGACAACGGCAUAAACCUGGUGGUGACUUUCGACGCGGGGGGAGUGAGCGGCCACCGCAACCAUGCUGCUCUGUACGCAGCCGUGAGGGCCCUGCACGCAGAAGGGAGGUUACCUAAAGGGCACAGAGCAGGCGGAGGCGGGCCGGGAGUCCCAAGGCCUUUCACCCCUCCCAUCUGUGACAACGGUGGCCCAAGAGCAGCUUUGGCGCCAUGGCAUCACCAGGCAACUGCGCGGGCGGCGCUGCCCUGGCCCGAGCCCCGGGGCGGGUGGGGACUCGGGAGGUGUGCCUGGGAGCAGCUCGGCCCCCUGCCCUCUCCCCGCAGGGUGCUCCGUGCUCACGCUCCAGUCAGUGAGCCUGCUGCGCAAGUACCUGUCCCUGCUGGACCUGCCCUGCUGCCUGCUGCGCGCCCCGCAUGUCCUCUUCGUGCUCAGCCGCGGAGAGGUGGCCCAGGCCCAGAGAGCCAUGUCCCGCCACCGCAGCCAGCUGCUCUGGUUCCGCCGCCUCUACGUGCUCUUCUCCCGCUACAUGCGUAUCAACUCUCUGCACUUCCUCUGAGCCUCCAAGGGCUCUCAGAUCCCGGGACCCAGGAGGGAGCUGGGGCCUCGGUGGGAGCUGGCUCACCCCACUGCCUGGAGACCCCGGCGAGGCGGUGCGUCCUGAGUUCGUGGCCGCGCUGGUCCACCUCUCGUAAAAACGAGCCAGCGGGCUGUCCGAGCCUGAGCUGCUUCCUCUGGGAACAGAACCACAACAACCGAAAACAGACCCACCCAAGGAUAGUAGUAGCUACCCCGCUGGCUUCUCACGUUUACGUGGUUCCAGGAUGUCCGUCAGGCCCCUGACAGACCCGUGAUUGUUACAAAUGACGGCCACGUGCUCUGAAACCCCUUCUUAGAGGUGAUGUAUUUUCGCAUUGUUUCCACAGCAGAUUCACCAGACAUGCACACACACACGAAAGCCCAGUCUCUACGGAAUCAGUUCAGCCGUAAUUCCUUUAUGUUCGUGGCCUACAUAUCUGACUGGCACCUAGGGAAUGUCUCCGUUUCACAUCACAGUCACUGACUGGGACCCCAAGGUCCUAUCCCUGAGCCCAGCACUUCGUGCAGAGACCCUCCUGACGUCCCCUGCCCUGAAGGGGCCUACGACCCAGCACCUCACUGUCAGUCCUCCGGGGGAAGCAAGAGAACCCUGGAGGUUUCCCAACACUCGGGGCCUCUGUCUUAACAUCGCGCUGCAGACACACGUGCCGUGAGGCGUCUGUCUGGCCUGGAAGCUCUUCCGAGUCCAGCCAACCAUCCAGGAAGCGGCCCUCGGCAGGUCCCUCUGGUCCCUUCGGGAUCUUAGGCACACAUGUUACCUAUUCAAAAAUAUUUUUAAAUCUUAGCGGUUAGAAAGAUGUACAGAAUUAGCAGUGGUAGCUGCUCCUGCGUGGUGGGACCUGACACUGACUUUCUGUUUCUUUUGUCUUACUGUAUAUUCUGACUAUUUUUUAAAGUAAAUUAAGUAGAAGUCCAGGUGGAAAAUGAAAAUAAACUAACAUUUUUAUUGA